UGGCUAUAGGAGAGUUAGAUGAGAAAUUCCAGCCACAGAUAAGCACUGGUUCAUGUGAGCUGGUUCCUUAGACACAGAGGCUGCUAGAUUAUUUGGGAUGGCAUUUAUGCCAACUACAUGAUAUCGACUUUCACAUUAAGUAAAUACUAGCCCAAGGCUAAAGGCAGUCUUUUUUUCAAGAUCAAGAAAUAUAUUUGGGAUAUCACUAACUACAAGAUCCAGUGGCACCUCGAUUCUAAAGUGGCAUUGUCAUCAGUGCCAGCAACUUGAAGAUUGGCAAAGUGAUUGCUCAACAGAAGAUAAUACUGUGCAAUCCCAACUGCUUUCCUUGCAUUAAAUAAUGAAGCUCACUAUGCUGUAGGCAGUGAAAUUUUUUUUUCUUCCAUGGAGCUGAAAAUACAGACAUUGUCCUUUAGACAUUGUGUAUUUUUCUUUACCUUUCAGGUAGUAGUAGCAUUGUUCUUCUUCUCUGCUACAUUCCAAGGCAAAGUUAAACCUGAUGAUAUUUUUGUGACUGAUGUUCCUUCUAAGCCAGAGGAGCCAGUGAAAAUUAUUCUGCUGUGGACUUGGCCCUUUGGUACUGCAUUUCCCCUGAAUCAGUGCCCGAGUCAGUUCGAUGGAACUGGUUGUUUCUUUACAGCCAAUCGCAGCUUGUAUUCAGAAGCAGCAGCUGUUGUUCUACACAGCAGAGAUGUAUGUUCAUCUAAGAACCAGUUACCGCAGAUGCAAAGACCCCCAAAUCAAUAUUGGAUUUGGUUUACCUUGGAGUCCCCAAGCCACAAUUACAACACAAGCUUUGUGGAGAAACUCAUAAAUCUGACCAUGACUUACCGUGCUGACUCUGACAUCUUUACCCCUUAUGGCUGGUUAGAAAGGCAUGAUGGGACAGAAAAUGUUUCCAUCCCCGAGAAGACAAAACUAGUAGCCUGGGUAGUCAGUAACUGGAACCCAAAUUCUAGAAGAGUAAAAUAUUAUGGGGAGUUAAAGAAUCACCUAGCUGUUGAUGUCUUUGGCAACCAGCGUUUACAGCUUCCUAGAGAUAAACAUAUUGAAACUCUUUCCAAAUACAAAUUUUAUCUAGCUUUUGAAAAUUCAAUUCAUGAAGACUACAUUACUGAGAAGCUCUGGCGUAAUGCACUUGCAUCGUGGGCUGUGCCUGUUGUGUUGGGGCCCACCCGUGCUAACUAUGAGCGGUUUUUACCCCCUGACGCAUUCAUACAUGUAGAUGACUUUCCAACUGCCAAGGGACUUGCUGAUUAUCUACACGCACUUGACAAAGAUGAUAAUAGAUACAAACAAUAUUUUUACUGGAGGAGAAGUCUAAAACUAGGGGCGCCUGCCAGAUUGAACAGCCAUUACUGCAAAGUAUGCAAAGCUAUAAAAGAAGCGCCGUCUUAUAGGACUGUUCCAAGCAUUACGAACUGGUUCAAAUAAAAUGAUAUAUAUGAAUCAAUUGGGUGACCAUUGGUCGAAGGAAAGAUCGUUCGUGCCCUCCAUUGAAGUUCAGGGCUGAAUCGUCAGAUAUAGAGGUAAAAACAAUAGGAAUUCUACCUCAACCUGAUGAUUCAGCCCUAAAGACAGAUUUUUUCACGCUUCAAUGGUGCUCGACCAAAAUAUUAUUUUCUGCCCGAUCGACAAGACAACCGAUACCCGAACUUUUGCAAUAUCAGUCGCCUCCUUGAACCGCCAUACAUGUGCUGAAUAACAUACAAAAGGAGGUUUUGUACAAUAAUAUUGGCGCGUGUAUGGCAAGCUUUAGUCAGCAUUGUGUUGCUAAGGGGCAGGAGGGAUGUAAGAAUCCAUCACCACACCCCAGUCGCAGCCUAGCAUGCAUGUUAUUCACACCUGGGAGAAGGCUCCAUAUUUUGCAAAAUCCAGCAUGUAGAGCAGAAUAUUGUGCCUGUGUGCCCCUUAGCUCUCUAGAACUUGUGCCCCUUAGCUCUCUAGAACUUGUGCCCCUUAGCUCUCUAGAACUUGUGCCCCUUAGCUCUCUAGAACUUGUGCCCCUUAGCUCUCUAGAACUUGUGCCCCUUAGCCCUCUAGAACUUGUGCCCCUUAGCUCUCUAGAACUUGUGCCCCUUAGCUCUCUAGAACUUGUGCCCCUUAGCUCUCUAGAACAUGUGCCCCAGGGUAAUGUAAAUUACCCUUUUUGGCUGUUUACAGGUGCUUGAUAACAAGUAGAUCCACUUAUUAAGCCCUAUAUCACUUCUGAAAUAUGUAGCCUAGCACAGAGGCUUAAGAUACAUUUUUUUCUUUAUUACAAUCCAUUGAAAACUACUUAUACCCCAUAUGUUAAGCCAAACGCAUUUCAUGCUUACCCGGCACUUAAUCAUAGGUUUCAAGAGAAAAAAUUAAUUGUGUGUAUAUAUAUAUAUAUAUA